GUUUACAAAGAGUGGGAGAGACUGAGCCUGAAGAGACGCUGUGUUUACAAAGAGUGGGAGAGACUGAGCCUGAAGAGACGCUGUGUUUACAAAGAGUGGGAGAGACUGAGCCUGAAGAGAGGACUUACUGCACCAUUAGCAGCUAAGGUAUCAACGUAACAUCAGCUACGACACUAUAUAUCAGUGCAGAUGGACCCUUUAUGCACAUCUCACCAAGAGGAGGAGAAGACUGAGAUCAUGAAAGAAGAGAAGGAAACGGAAGACGAGAAGAAAGAUGAGGAGGACGAGAACGAUGAUGAUGAUGAGGAAGAUGAAGAGGAGGAAGAUAAUAGCGAGACAACCGUGAUAGACGGGGAGGAGGAAUCAGAUGACAAAGCCAAGGGGACUGAACCCCAGCAGCAGAAGGACCAGGCCUGGGCCCCCACUACCUACUCCAAGUUUGGUAAAGAGGUGUUUUGCUACGUAGGAGAGGAGAUCAGCAUCUUUGAGGCCUUGGACUCUUACGGUGCUGUCAUCUGGCCAGCGGCGUUGGCUCUGUGUCACUACCUAGAGACCAACGUUGAGCAGUUGAACCUGGUGGACAAGGCAGUGCUGGAGCUAGGAGCAGGUCCUGGCCUAGUGUCUAUUGUAGCCACACUCCUAGGUGCCUGGGUCACAGCUACAGACCUACCAGAGAUCAUAGGUAACCUGAGAGCCAACCUGCUCCGUAACACAAGAGGGCGCUGGAGGAACACUCCCCAAGCUGCAGCUCUGUCCUGGGGUCCUGACGUGGAACGCAUCUACCCCAGAUCUGUCUAUCGCUAUGACUACGUGCUGGCGGCUGACGUGGUGUAUCACCAUGACUACCUGGAUGAGCUGCUGUUCACCAUGACAUACUUCUGCCGUCCAGGAACCACUCUGAUCUGGGCCAACAAGGUCCGUUUUCCCACAGACCUGGUAUUCACUGAGGACUUCAAGAACACCUUCAACACCACCCUGCUGGCUGAGAUGGGAGAGGUUAAGAUCUUCAAGGCCACAUGCAGAGAGACAGAGGAACACCUUCAACACCACCCUGCUGGCUGAGAUGGGAGAGGUUAAGAUCUUCAAGGCCACAUGCAGAGAGACAG